GUCGCGACGUCGAGAAUAUUGGAUGCCAGAGAAAGACUCCUUCACAGUGUUAAAGAGCCUUCUUACGAUCUUAAUUGACGCCCAUUUUCGCGGGUUUCCUUGAUAUUGUCAAUUGCGGGGUGUCCUUGAGACAUCCGAUUGUUCCAGUUUGUCCCGCCUGUCAUUCUCGAAUGAUCUCCAGCACUGUGGAUGCUGUGAAUAGCGCCAUAUAACAUUACCAAUGAUACUCGACCCGUCGCCAUAAACCCACCUGUAUAUACUCCACGUCCAGUAGGACGCAUGUCUUCUGAGGAUGCUCGAUCGCCAUCUCCUUUCAAAUCACCCACAGCGAGUCUCACAGACGUUUUUAAAACACUAGGCGUCGUUCGUCCCAAAUCGCUGUCGCCCAUUUCCCCCGAGAGCCACAGCGACUCGUUAUCGCCAGCAGCGGAUGGCCGUAAACUCACCCGUUCUGUUUUUGGAUUCGACUCAAUGCAUCGCGGGAGUGUUGUCUCUAGUUCCUCGGACACUCCGAGUGGUCCCGAUUUUGAAACGUCGCUCAGGGCUGUAAGCCAGUGUCAGAACCUGGGGCAUGCGAUCGACGAGGCGGAUUUGGUUGCGAGGGCGCUUCAGAGGUUUACAUCGGAACAGGCGGUUACAUUUUGGGAGGCUGGAUCCUAUCUUCUUCACCAUGAAAGUUCUUCAGAAGCUAGAAAGAGUGGUUCUCGGUUGGUCGAAGCCAUUGCAUCGCGUCAGGACUUGUCUCCGGCAGCGAGGCGCUCCAUCUUCGAGUCUAUAUCUGUCCCCUCUGAACCCGAUGUCAUACCUUCCCGUGUUCGCGCGUUGAUAUCAUUAUCAGAUCAUGCCCGGAAACUGGAUUUCAGCACUUCCUCGAUCCUCCCGCUGAUUUCCUCUUGCAUAGUACCGCUCUACGAGUUGAUCUCAUCCGCACGAUUAAAAGCAAGGAAGGCAAAGGUGGCUAAAGUGAACGGACUUGGUUAUGACGAUGCAGACCUGGAUGAUCUGCUACAAUUUGCCGUGGAUUUGAUCACACUCCAGCGGAAAUCUCCGAGCACUGAUGAAGUUGAAGAUUUUCUUUCGCAGAUCUUUACGAUUUGCAAGAAAACCAGUGUCGCUGCUGAUAUCAAAAAUUCCCUUGCUGUUUUCGAUUCCAUCAUCCUUUACUCCGAUGUCCCGGACGGAAGUUUCGUCCCUAUGCUCGAAGUCCUCUGCAGUAUCCAUGCCUCUGUCAAGUCGCUAUCAGGUCCCACGUCAAGGGCAGUCCGUAACUUGGCAAAGUCGCGACGGCAAAUGGAAAUGAUCAAUAUUCUCUAUUCAUUCUUAUUGGGAUCGUCUGAAGAGGAGAGCCGAAACCUCAAUGUCCUUCGUGGGACGAUAUACGUAUUGGCCGACCUUAUCCGUGCUCAUGGUCAGGAUGGAAUACCGCAGCUUGAAUUCGAGCCGUUGGUAGAUGCACUGCAUGUUGUGAUUAACAAAGACGAUGGUCGCCUCGAAGGCGAUAUGCUGGAAUUGUCUCUCAACAUCUUAGACGGGGAUUAUGCUGAGGUGGCUUUGGAACAUAGCUGGUCAAGCUUUGUCAAUAUCCUUGAAUUGUGCUCGCGUAGGGCUGUCGAGGAACCGGAAGAGACUGCUGAGAAAGGCGCCACUCCCGAUGACACGAGGUCCACUAUCCAGGCGAACAUCAUUCAAAUCGCGUCGUUGAUCGAAACCCUUUGGGAACGCUUGGACCAGCAACAGAAGACGGAUGCUGGCCGAUUCCUGAUGAUUGUCUCCGAGCACAUUGAGCCGUCCCAGGCGGACUUGAUUCUCGAUGCGAUUAGGACGGAACGACUUUGCUUCCCGGAGAACGAUGGCUGCGUCAAGCACUGUCAGAAACUGAUUAAUUCCUUUAUUCGAUCGCCCAAUAAACCCUCCGACGUUCGCAUAUUAGCUCUGGAUACGUUGAAAGAGGCCUUUGAGAGCUACGAGUCUCUCCAAUUCUUCCAAGCACAGAGGCUUCUCGAUCUUAUGCUUGAGGACUUCUCCGGCGAAACUGAUGUUCUGCUACUGGAAUCACUGGUUUCUUUCAUUGUUGACAUCUUCACUUCUGCUACCGAUGAUGACACAUUCAAAAAGGUGGUAGACACCAUCAGCUCGCCCAUGAAGAAUGAUAUUGCCAAGGAUGAAUCUCACGAGAGUGAACUAUCCAGUCCGAGCUCCCCGCAGCAUCCCUCAGCCACCAAUGCGAUGGAACCUUCAUUGGGAAACGUCUGCUCUGUUGGUCUUGUCAAGAUGUUCCUUCGCUCCCUGAAUCUAUCAGCACAAAAAGCGGUGUCAGUUUUUGAGGCUCUUUUAGAGAUUGCACAAAUGCCAGAGCGACCGUCUGAUGCUCGCCUCACCGUCCUGAAGUUGCUGUUCAGACUUCGCUGUGAUUCAGCCGGAUCCAUUACGGUUAUAUCAGUGUCAGAGAAUGACUUCUUAGUAAACGUAUUGGGCCGGACAGCCGAGUCAGGCCCCAUGUUGCAGCAACCUUUGGCACAGUCUCCGGGGACCACUAGUGUAGACGACCCGGUUCUUCCUCGCAAGCAUUCAGUUAAGGAACCUACUCUGAAUGUGCCCUCCAAGUCGGCAGGACGUGGUAUAAGCACCCAUGUCAGAGCAUCGAAGCUGACACCUCCUGUUUGGACGUACGCUUCACCUCAAGUGCUCCCUGAAGAACCACCACAAGCUUCAAGUCCCUUUGUUUAUGCGUAUGCCCAAGAGGCGUCGGCACAAGCGGGAGCAUACAUGGCGCAGAAAAUAUCUAUCAAGGCCAAUAUGUGGCUAGAAACUGUCAUUUCUCUUCUCCAGCGUGAGACGGAUUGGAAUGUCUACAGCUAUGUCCUCGCUCACUUGGGAUACCAACUCAGCAACAAGGACUUUUUCAAGAAUGCCGUUCCUCAAAUCAAACUACUCCGCAGUGUGAUGUGCGAUCAAGUCAAGAAUGAGACAUUUCACGAACCUCCUGGGUCUACUGGAGUCAAAAAGACCGACGUUGCUGCGUGUAUAUUUGAAUGCCUCACCGUGCUUGUCAGUUACCAUGAGCACUUUGCCAAGAGUGAGCAAGAUGAACUUGUUCGUUCGUUUAUGCUGGGUAUCAUCGGCUCCUGGGGAGGCACUUCGCGCGGAUGCAUCCACGCACUUUCGAUUUGUUGCUUCGAGAUUCCGCUGUCAGUGACAAAGUCCCUCAAUGGUAUUCUGGAUAAGAUGUCCAAGGUGAUCACCAUGUCGAAUCUUGCCGUCCAUAUCCUGGAGUUUCUGUCGCUGCUUGCAAGGCUACCUGAAGUCUACAUCAAUCUGCGAGAAGAGGAGAUCCGCACUGUUUUUGGCAUAUGUAUUCGAUUCUUGCAAACAUCCAGGGAGCAGCGAUUGAGGGUCUCAGAGUCGCCUACAGCGAGAACCCAGGCUUCUGGGAAGGUUGGAGAAGCAGAGCCAAACUUGCAGGACGGGAUGUCAACAUACAUCUACACCCUCACUCACCAUUGCAUGGUCUUCUGGUUUCUGUCUUUGAAACUGAUGGAUCGCGCUAAGCACGUCAACUGGAUAACUAGCAGACUUAUUUUCAAGGAUGAAACUGAGAAGGAGACAGUUGAGGAGGCAAGCCAAGUGUUCAUUGAUUUAAUGCAGAGAUCUUCCUUUUCAGAUUUGGGUGAUACCAUUCCCUACGCACAAUUCCCUCCGUCUCCAGAGCACGGAUCCGUGAUCAAGAAGUCUUGGGUCGUCGGAAUGAGUAUUAUUACUGUUGAAACGGCCGUGGUGUCUGGAUUGUCACAAAUUACGAAGCGGCAAGCCUCGGGCACGACCUAUGCCAUGUAUCAGCAGCGAACAGCACCCGUUCUUCCGCACCAGGUUACCCCGACACAUGAUGCUCAUCUACAACCAGAUGACAUGCGGACAGCCAUUCUCCCUAGUCAUGUUUUACUCCAGUUCACGACGACAGCUUUCCCCACGCCUACCGUGUUGCAGCCGAUUCCCCUCCCAGAAGAUGAUAUUAUGCGUCGUGCACUCAGCAUAUUCGACCGAAACGACAUCGUUGAUAGCCACAAAAUUGGCGUGGUAUACAUCGACCAAGGGCAAAGUACAGAAGCGGAAAUCCUCUCCAAUAUAGGCGGAAGCGCAGAUUACGAAUACUUCUUAACGGGCCUCGGAACCAAAGUCCUCCUCCAAGGCGCACAAUUCAAUACCCAAGGCCUCUACCCGGACAUAGACGGCGAGUCCACAUAUGCCUGGCGCGAUCGGGUGACGGAAAUCGUCUACCACGUCGCGACAAUGAUGCCAACCGACUUCGACGGUGAUCCCAACUGCAUCAACAAAAAGCGACACAUUGGAAACGACUACGUCAACAUUGUCUUCAACCGUUCCGACGACUCCUUCAACUUCGAUACGAUUCCCUCCCAAUUCAACUUCAUUAACAUCGUCAUCAGCCCCGUUUCCCGCGUUACAAGUGACCAAGCAUCUCCCCAAGAAGAGUCAGAUCUUGAACGCAUCUGCUACCAAGUCAGGGUAAUUAGCAAACCCGGCAUCCCUGAGAUUUCCUGCGCCGGAACACCAAAGGUCGUUUCAGGCAAGAACCUCGCCGCCUUCGUCCGCAUUCUCGCCCUUAAUGCCUCCGUCUUCUCUCUCGUCUGGAGCAACCAGGGCGGUGAACAUAUUUCAUCGUGGCGAAAUCGGUUGCGCGAGAUAAAGAGGCUUCGCGAAAGAGCACUGGGGAUGCAAUCCCAAUCCGCAGAUGCGGACGGAACCUACCCGGCAGCGUCUGCUAGUAGACGAAACACGAAAGCCACGAUCCAAUCUGAGGAGUUACCGGCACGAAGCAAUUCUAUCAAGACGGACUUCGGAAGUGAGUGGAAUGCAGCUGCGGAGGGUGGCACUCUCCAGAACCUGGACUUCUCCAGAUGGAGUCGAUGAUAUUCGUCUAUUCUCCCUUUAUUUUCUUGGCUUUUCCGUGUAUAGCGUGUCUUUCGUUUAAACUAACGCAGCGACCAAAAGUUCUUUUAUGAUGACUGACUGACCCGACUGACUUGAUGAUUGAACUUGAACCCAAUAAUGUACAUCACUAUCUUUCUAUUAUCUUAUUUCUUGCUUGAUCUUACCUUAUCUGCACCUCUCUGUGUGUACCAACAUGUCAAAUACCCCUGGGUUCCAAAAAGUUUUGCUUUGCAUUAUUUUCAUUCUAUCUAUUCUAAUGUAUCUAUAUGAUAUUGUCUGAAAUACAAGGGCAUUCCCUUUCUAUUUCCCACCUGACUACUAAUCUCUUUGCUAAUGUUUAGCAUUCUCCUGC